UUUUUUUUGUGUUUGUCCCAGGCCCAAAGUGAUCUGAAUCCUUUUCAUCUCUUUUCUCUAACGUAUCUUCUCUUACAUCCAUCGCAUUAAGUUUUUGAGCAGUUGGGAUUCUUGGGAAUUGUUUUUGUUUUGUUUUCUUACUAUCUUCAUUGUGAUCUAGUUAAAACAGUUGGAGUCUUUGGGAGGAACAAGCGGAAAGGGAGGGUUUUUUUUUUUUUUUCAUCAUGGUGGAUUGCUUUUUUGGAUUAUGUGUCUCCUGAUCUUUUCGCCAUGUCUUCAGAUUCUCUGCUUCACAGAGCGGAAUGGUGGAAUUUUUUCAACAUAAACAAGCCUAGGGUCCAUGUCAAUGAGAAAAAGAGUUGAUAUUACCUAUUAUUGGCACUUCAGCUUGGCUUCUGUUAGUAAAUAAUACUAAAUUUUCCAAUUACAACUCAUAUUGAUCAACAAGUCUUCAUGUGGAAUGGAAAGCAAAGGGUGAAACAUCAUUUCAAGACUCAGCUAUUUGAGGAUGCAAGAUCUGAUAUCUAGUGAUCUAUUUGUUCAAUUCUUAUGAGGAAAAAAUGUUGAUGCUUGGAGAUUUUGAUUUAAAUUCAAUGCAAGGAUACACUGAUUCCCUUAAAGAUAUUUUUAAGCAGACAAUGCUCAAUCAAGAGAUCGUAUUCAGAAAGCAGGUCCAUGAACUCCAUCGUCUCUAUAUUGUUCAGAAGACUCUGAUGAAGGAUCUUGCUCCCUUGGAGCAUGAGAAGUACAAUUCAUGGAAGGCAAAAGCACAAUCUCUGCCACAAGAAACCAGACUUCCCUCAAAUUCAGUUCCCAUGGUGGGCUCAACUGUAUCUUUAAGUCAGGAGUUGUUAGAAGGGUGGAAGGGAAAAUACCAUAAGUUUCCCCAAAGGUCUUUUGAUCUUCAACUUCUACCUGAUCAAUAUAUUAGUCGUAAUAAUAACAAUCUUCCACAUAAAGGAAAGGACGGGGAACAUUUAAAAGAAACUGUGGACUUAAAUUCUCUCCAUGGUGGUGACUUCUCAGUUCCACUGGAGUUGAGGCUUUCCCUAAGCCUUGGUGUGGCCAACAGGACAAAGGAAGAUAAAAACAGAAGUUGGUAUGACAAGAAAACUAAUACCUUCCCUGAAAUUGUCAUUGAUUUGGAAGAAUCUACUGAGAAGCCCUCAGAAUCUGGAGGAAAGCAUGAUUCGCAAGUUACUAUCACAUCUGAUCCAAUCACUUCAAGAAGCAUGAAGAAAGAUCCAUCUCAUAAGAUUGCAGAGAGUAGCUCCUUUGAUGGUGAUAGCAAAUGUGUCCAAGACUGGAACUAUUCUGGUCAAGGAUUAAAACGCCAUGAAAAUUUGCCAUACGAAAAUAUUUUUAUCAGGAAGAGGAAGUUCAUUUCAUAUGGAGUGGGACAUGUGGACCUCAAUGAAGUUCAGCUUGAUGAUUUGUCUUGUCACUCAGAUGAUGCCAUAGUCACCCAUCCUUCGACAACUAGCUCAUCAGCUGAUUUCAGUGGACUGGUUAGCAGGAGUGAGGACCCCUUGUGUCCAACCACAUUUUGGAGAAAAGAAAUUAAGGAGUUCCCGAAUGAUGCUUUUGAGAUGCUUCAACAAGAUGAUGGUGUAAAUCUUGCUUUGAUGAAUUCCAAUAACAAAGAUAGGAGAACAGAGUUUCAAGUCAGAAAUUCUGAACUCAAUGGAAGGAACGAAUGUGAAAAAAGCCUCAUUAGUCCUGCAUAUGUUUCCAGGCCCCAAAUAAACCUUUCUGAAGACUUUGGCAGCCUCAGUGAAAACACCAAGCUUGGAAAGGAUGAGCUGAUGCUGAAACUACAAAAUUGUCCUGAUCAUGGUCCAAAACCUGCAUAUUUAGUUGCUAGACAAGUGGGCUGUGAGAAGACUGAAGCAGGGGACACUCUGUUGUUAUGUUCUGAUCAAAUCCAAUUUACAAUUGAAGAUGAACAUCCUGACAAGUCUCCUGCUUCAGGGAAGUCUAGCUGCAUUUCAGAUAAUGAUUCAAGAACUGUAAGGACUGUGCAAUCCGGAAUUGAACCCCACAAUUCAAAUCUUCCUGCUUCUGAUCAGUUUUCAGGAACCCAUGGAGGAUCUCAUACUGCAGAAAUUUUAUCAGGUGAGCAGGAUCAAAGAUCUUCUGACAGUAAUGAAAUAAAACAUGAUUGCUACAAUAAAAUUGAAGAAUCAGCUGAAGUGGAUGAUUUGAUCCAAAUAGCGGCUGAAUCACUUAUCCAUAUCUCCUUGGAGAAUUCAUCUUGCUAUCAGGAAUCUUCAACCCAGACAGAAUCCAAUGAGUUGGAUAAUGAGGACAAGGAGCAGCCGCAGUGUUCCUCUGAUUCUUUUGAGUUAAUGACUCUGAAACUGACAGAAAGCAGUGCUGAUGACUUUUCUGUAUCAUCAAAGCCAUUUGAAGUGAGUGACUCAGAGAGAAAAGAUUUUGGUAUCAAGUUGAGAAGAGGAAGGAGACUGAAGGAUUUUCAGAGGGACAUACUUCCAGGUCUUGCAUCUCUUUCUAGACAUGAAAUUCGUGAAGACAUAAACAUUCUUGAGGGAGUUUUAAGAUCAAGGGAAUACAGGAAAAUGAGAGCUAAGAUGGCUAAUGGAGAGAGUUGGUGCACACCAGUGAGAAGCAGACGGUCAAGACUCAAUUAUGUUGGAAGAAAAACUUUUAGAUGAUAUUCAAGUUGGACUUCGAAACUUCAUCAGAUUUUAACAUAAAAGUAUUGUGUAAGCCAAUACCUUUUAACUGCAAAUAAUCUUUAAGCUCAUUCAUUGAUCUAGAGAUAUUUAACUAUGUUCUGAGAUAUGAUUUGACCCUACGCUUUAGUGAUAUUAAGCUAUGUUCUGAAA